AUGUACCAUGUCAAGGACAAGUUGGUAAUUGAGGGUGAGCCAAAAGCUGCCAGCUCAGUAUGGGAAUACUCAGUUGAAUCGGACCGUUCUUCAAUGCUAUUAGUUCGUAUAGUGGUGGGAAAGAUCCGUGACAUCCAUCGACUUGAGAACAUCCUGCGAUCGGUUCCUGUUCGUAGCGAUAAAGAAGGGUGGAAUUCUAUUUCCUGGAUUCGAGAGGCUUUCCAUCUUAUUUCAAUCGCACCAGGCGUUCUGGGUUCUCAUACGGAAGACUGGGAGGAAAUUCGACAGACUGCCAUGUCGUAUGUCGACGAGAAAAAGGCCAAGCAUCGGUUCGAUGGCUUAGGUAGAUUCGAUCUUUCGAAACCAGCUACAUGGGACAUGCUUCAGGGCAAAGAGAUAAUUGUCUAG